UGGCGGCGGCGCUGGGGAAGAUGGCAGAGAGCGAGCGGCCCGCAGGUGAGGGGCGGCCCGCAGGCACCUCUGAGGAGGUGGCUCCUCCCCUCCAGCAGAGCUUCAUGAUCCCCAAAAAGGAGAUAAACAUGGUUUCCGACAUGGCCAAGUGGAAGCGCUCUCAGGCAUAUGCAGAUUACAUGGGCUUCAUCCUCACCCUGAAUGAAGGUGUCAGGGGCAAGAAGCUGACGUGUGAAUACAAAGUUUCAGAGCCCAUUGAAAAGCUGGUGGCUCUUCUGAACACCCUUGACAGAUGGAUCGAUGAAACCCCACCAGUGGAUCAACCUUCUCGCUUUGGGAACAAAGCCUUCAGGACCUGGUACUCCAAACUAGACCAGGAAGCAGAAAAGUUGGUGGCAACAGUGAUUCCCAAGCAUUUGGCUGAUGCUGCACCAGAAGUGGCCGUGUACCUGAAGGAAUCCGUGGGGAAUUCCACCCGCAUUGACUAUGGCACAGGGCACGAAGCUGCAUUUGCAGCUUUUCUCUGCUGCCUCUGCAAAAUUGGUGUGCUCAGAGUGGAUGACCAGAUGGCCAUUGUCUUUAAAGUGUUCAACAGGUACUUAGAAGUGAUGCGAAAACUUCAGAAGACCUACAGGAUGGAGCCUGCUGGCAGCCAGGGCGUGUGGGGCUUGGAUGACUUCCAAUUUCUACCUUUCAUAUGGGGCAGUUCCCAGCUGAUAGACCAUCCGAAUCUGGAGCCUCGACACUUUGUUGAUGAGAAGGUGGUAAAUGAAAACCAUAAGGACUUCAUGUUCCUGGAGUGCAUCCUCUUCAUUACAGAGAUGAAGACAGGCCCCUUUGCUGAGCACUCCAACCAGCUCUGGAACAUCAGCGCUGUGCCCUCCUGGUCCAAGGUCAACCAGGGCCUCAUCCGCAUGUACAAGGCAGAGUGCCUGGAGAAGUUUCCUGUGAUCCAGCACUUUAAGUUUGGCAGCCUGCUCCCCAUCCAGCCCGUGACAUCCUAAGGAGGAGGCAGGAGGAGCCGAUGCAGCAGCGGAGACGAAGCUUCGAGAUCUUCCUCCUCCCCUCACCCCCUCCUCUCACCCUGCCCGGCACACACAGCCCAUCCAUUCCCCCACAUCCUCAUCGGCAACCACGGAUCCAAAGCACUCGCUGGCCUUUCCACGGGAGGCAGGACCUGGAGUGGCUCCUCCUACAGGUCCCCAGCACGGGGAUGUCUCCCCAGUGACGAGGCAGGGCUGUGCUUCCCGCUCUGCUGCAGCCACGGGCAGCGCGACGGCCGAGGAUGGUUCUGGGUGUGUGGAUGGGGUUGAGUAGGGGUAGCAAAGGCCUCUGCUUCCCUUCCCGGGAGGAAGGGGGUGUGGAGGGGAGGAAGGCACGUGGGUGGGUGUGGGUGUGUGCGCGCGUGUGUGUGUGUGGGUGUGUGUGUGUUGGGUGGUGGUAACUGCAAGUUCCCUUUUGAAUUUCAUUGGAGUUUGGGAAACCGCUGCGAGGGGUGAGUUGUGAGCCUGCACGCGUCUGCCGGCAGCCACCUCUGCCUGCAGGGGGGAGCCUGAAGUGGGAAAAGGAAGUUGUAGGGAAGGUCUGUGGGUUGCUGGAAGCCCAGGGUGCCAUCUCUCCCUGUUUCUGGGUAAAGGAAAGCCCCACUCCCUCUAUCUCUUCCGCCGGCUUCCCUGGGUCUUCCUUUCCCACUACCACCUCUUCUCUCGGGAGUCUUCUGGGCUGCAGAGGUCUGAGCUGGCUCUGGGGCCUGAGACAAGGUCCCUGCAGGGACCUGGCUCUGUGGGAUCAGCUCUGCAAAGAUACUGCUUGAGUGGUGCCUGCUCAGGCUCCCUCUUGACGGGCACAAAACCUCACGUGUUGGCACAGGUUCCUCAGUGGGUCCAACCUGCCCCCUGCGCUCCCCGUUUCCUCCUGUGCUUUGCUGCCCCGGGGCUGGGCUGGCCUCAGUGGCACAAGGUGACCGUGGUUGCUACUGCUUGGUCCUAAAUUGUAGUGACAGCCCCAUAGCAAAGGGACUUCCCCACAAAGUGGCGUGUUCCCCAGCUCUUAGGGUGGCAUUCCCAGAGCAAAGGCAGCACUGGGGGGCAAGCAUGCAGCUUUAUGUGCAGUUACAUACUUGUGCUGGAAACAAAAAGCAUAAAUAGCCCAGGGCAGUGGGUUAUACCUGGAGAAAGCUCUUUCCCUGCUGGUGUUGCUGUGGUGGACUUUGGGCAGAGGGACCACACUUCCAGUGCCCCACCAGCGGCAGCAUCUCAAAGGCAGGUGAAUGACUGUGGACAUGGUCUGGAUCACACCAGCAGCAUCACUGGGUGGGAAAAACAGCUGCUGCUGGGUUUGAGGUGAACUGUCAUGUCCACAGGUCUUGACCAAGGUGGUCCACAGCUUAGCAGCUAGAGAAGGGAUGUUUCUUUUUGGGGUUCCCAAGGUAUGUUCCCAGGCCAUGGGGAUGGGGUGGGGACAGGGCUCUGGUGUUUGCUGGGGGCAGCAGGGACCCUUUCGCUGCUUUACUUUUGGGGGGAGGAAAACAAGAAAAAGCCUGCCUGUGAGUUUAUUUUUUAUUUCACAAUUUUCUUUUUUGCCAGACUUACUCUCUCCCUCUUGAAAAGGUUCUUGCAGGCGCUCAGGGGAGGGAGAGUGAGAAAAGAGUCUAAAUUAAGAGGCAGUGAAAGGCAGGUGUCCACGGAGCUAAAGCAGAGCUCUCUGGUGCUGCUACUGUCCUGGCUGCUCCUGGCUUAGCCCUGGGCAGGGGACAAGGAUCUUUGGACCUGCCUGAAACAACUCUAUAAACUUGCAUUUUUAAUGAAAAUGGAAGACUGGGGUUAAGUCUUGUGUUACUGCUAAAUGGGAAGUGUGUCUUGGCUUGGUUCUCCAAACAGAUCUACUCCUGGAGCUGUGCUGGAGAUCUUUGUGCUUGCUGGGACUUGACGAGUCUUUCUCCAGUGGAGCAGUUUAGCAGUUGGUGCCUGGAGCAGAGACUCCAGGCAUCUCCACCCGUGUCCACUCGUGUUGCUUUGUGGCUUCUGGCAAGUGUCACCAUGCUUUUAGUGGCUCUGCAGCAUGUGGCUGGUAAAGCCCGUGGUUUCCCAAAGCUGCCCGAGGGUUGGGAACCCAUCUCCUGGUCAUCAUAUGGAAAUGGGGCUUCAGUGCAAAAGGAUGGGUGGAAAUGUUGACAUCCGUGCAUGGGAGUGACACCAUGAAUGUGAAAUAUAGCACCAAAAAAGGGCGGGGAUGUGCUUCCUUCCCCUGCAGCUGCAGUCACAGCUCCCUGGGGACAGUGUCCCUGGGCUUGGGACCUGCCGAGGAGGUGGGAGGAGGCUCAUGUAGAGCUGUUUCUUGCUUACCUGAGUCUGCACAUCUGUCCUGCUUGGGAUUUUUGGACUUCAAAAUUAUUCAGUCUUACCAGCCUGCUUGGGAUGUGCCCCUGUUGCAUGGCAGUUGGCUGCUUGCCUUCCUCUGCCUCUCUCCUUUGUCCAUCACUGGUUCUUGGGACUCUGCUCCUCUCCUGGUGGGUCCACACAACGUAGCAGCACCCAGAGCCACUCAAUGUCCAAAGCAGCACUCCCUCACCUCCUCCCACCUUCUGGUUUUAAUUAAAGUCUCUGUGUUUUUCACCGGUGACUGUGUUGGUCUCUCUUGGACUGGGGUUUGCUCCUGCUUGGGGAGCAGAGCCAGCAAAGCCAAGGGCUGGAGCCUUUGGCACAGGGAACAGGCUUCGUGGAGGCCCUUGCUGUGGUUGUUCUCUUGCUUGCACCAAAACCUACUCGUUAUUUAACUGCAUGAAGCAAAUGUACCCUUUCUGUCCUGGUAUCCUUCCUAGGUGUCUUUCUGCCAUCUAGUAUGUUUUAUUUAUUUCUUUCCCCUUUUUGCUCUGUCCACCCCCUCUCUCCCAGCUUGGAUUUAGCAGGUAGGUGAUGUGUGAAGCCUGUUCCCAGGCCAGCAAAUACCUCUUGAAGAUCAGAGAAUCUCAUAACCAAAGAACAUUUGAGCCUUGUUUCUGAUGCAGGUGAAAACUGGAACCUUUCUCUCGAGGUGUUUUUCCUGUCCUGCUGUAGAAGCUGACUCAGGACUUCCAGCAUCAGUUUAGCUCAGCAGCUUUGUUGGAUUUAUACAGGAAAAUCAUACCUGGACCUUCUCAGGAGUGGUUGGAGCUGGCGUAGAUGUGCUCAGCAAAUGCUAGUUUUCUUGUCACUGGGUUAUAUCUUCUCCGUCAGCACAGGCCAACUGUGUGAGUGCAUGUUGCUAAAAGUGGCAGCAGCGUGGAGGGAAGGAUGGUGAGCAGAAGUGUCACCUUGGAUCAUGGAUGCUUUCUUUGAAGGCGCUUGAAUUCGCCUUGAACGCGUCCCUUGGCGAACAUGACGCGUGGUGGAAGGGGAGCAGACGUAGUGUGGGUUUCUCACCAUCUUCCCUCUCAGCCCACUGACCAAGCCAGUUUUUCUAAAUUCAGUUUUCAGAGCUGGAUCCUCCAGGGUUGCAGCACGUAGGCUGGUUUGUGUUUCUGUUCAGCAGCUCUUCCCUUUGCACGGGGCACGUUUCGCCAAUCGCCGCCAACCUUCCUCCCUCUUGUCCUUUGCACCCCUGUUUUAUAAAUGAUCAUUCAUGGCAGCCAGUAAUAAAUGAAGUAAGAGUUAAGAGAAGCAGCCUCGUGCAGUGGCAGUAGCAAAAGAAUAAAAAAUAGAACUGUUU